AUGAGUCCCUCAGCAGUUGAAGGUAACGGAGUCGUGGACGUCAAGACAACUCUCAAGCCCAAUGUUGGUGUUUAUACCAACCCCAACCAUGACCUCUGGGUUGCUCCUGCUGAGCCCUCCGCCGAAGCUGUCAAGUCCGGUUCCGACUUGAAGCAAGGUGAGGUCAGUGUUGCUAUCCGAAGCACUGGUAUCUGCGGAUCCGAUGUUCACUUCUGGCACGCUGGUUGUAUCGGUCCCAUGAUUGUCGAGGGCGAUCACAUCUUGGGCCACGAGUCUGCCGGCGAGGUCAUUGCCGUGCACCCUUCUGUCAGUCAUCUCAAGGUUGGCGACAGAGUCGCUGUCGAGCCCAACAUUCCCUGCGGUACCUGCGAGCCUUGCCUUACUGGCCGAUACAAUGGUUGCGAGACCGUCCAGUUCCUGUCUACCCCUCCCGUCCCUGGCAUGCUCCGCCGAUACAUCAACCACCCCGCAGUCUGGUGUCACAAGAUUGGAAACAUGUCAUAUGAGAACGGCGCUCUUCUCGAGCCUCUCAGUGUUGCUCUGGCCGGUAUGCAAAGGGCCGAGGUUCGUCUGGGAGACCCUGUUCUGAUCUGCGGUGCUGGACCUAUCGGAUUGAUCACACUCCAGUGUUGCGCUGCUGCUGGUGCUUCACCCAUCGUCAUCACCGAUAUUUCAGAGAGCCGACUGGCAUUUGCCAAAGAGCUCUGCCCUCGCGUUAUCACUCACAAGGUCGAGAGACUAUCUGCUGAGGAUUCCGCGAAGGCCAUUGUCAAGAGCUUCGGCGGUGUCGAGCCUACCGUCGCUAUGGAGUGCACUGGUGUUGAGAGCAGCAUCGCCGCUGCGGUUUGGUCUGUCAAGUUUGGCGGCAAGGUCUUUAUCAUUGGCGUCGGAAAGAAUGAGAUCAACAUUCCCUUCAUGCGCGCAAGUGUUCGCGAGGUAGACAUUCAGCUACAGUACCGAUACUGCAACACCUGGCCCCGAGCCAUCCGCCUGGUCGAGAACAACGUGGUUGACCUUUCUAAGCUGGUUACCCACAAGUUCAAGCUUGAGGAUGCUAUCAAGGCGUUUGAGACGUCGGCGGAUCCCAAGACCGGAGCGAUCAAGGUCAUGAUCCAGAGCUUGGAAUAA